GCAAGGGAUCGCAUUGCUUGUGUGAAGUACAUACAACUAUUCUUGGAACAGCCAUUGGAAGGGAGUGUCUUGAUCUGCCAGCACUAUGUACGCUCCUGUGCACAACUGCACAAAUAUCAAUUCACACACGGCACGAUUGAUACGCUCGCAAUCGUCAGAUAGGCCAAAGGUACCUUGCGUCUUACCGCAGCAGAAUCUCAGCCGAUGCCGACAGCAACUCAGAUCACCUCUUGCAAGGUGCCAUCCAUUGGCACGGAGAGGUGGCGUGAGCGUCCAAUGCAGCUCUGGACUGGUGGUCAGAGAAGAGUCCACUGGUGUGGAGUUUCCGGAAGUCACAACGCUGUGGGAGGGCGGAAAGAUGCGUUCCAUGGGGGCUGGGGUGCGCGCAAAGAAGUUUGCAUUCGUACCCGUCAAGGUGUACGCAGUGACGGUGUACGUGGAGGCAGAGAAGGCAGCGAGGGAGUUGGGGGUGAGGCAGCGGGGGGGCUUCUUCGAUGACAAUAGGGACGAGGACUUCACGCUGGCGCUUGUGGACGGCGCCUUUGCCAAGGCACUGGUGGUGCAGCUCGUGCGCAAGGUGGAGGGCAAGCAGUUCUACGAGGCGCUUGAGGAGGCGCUGGCGCCGCGGCUGCGGCUGGCGGGGGACACCGGCAGUCUGGCCAAGUUUGGCGACUUUUUGAGCGGGCGCUCGCUGGAGAAGGGCACCGCCAUCAUCCUCUUCUACCGCGUGGAGGGCGUCCUGGAAGUUGCCCUGAUGCCGCCGGGAAGCAGUGACUACUCCCAGGCAAAGCCCGAGCUGCGUGUGGAGUCACCGAUGCUGUGCCGUGCGCUGUUUGAGGUGUACAUGGGAAGUGACAGCAUUGUGCCACACGCGCGCGCUGCGUGGGCCGGAGGCGCUCGGACGCUGCUGUCCUCGGAGCAGGUCCGGCGCGACACGCGCAAGAGCGGCAGCUGAUCUGUGGCGACUCUCACAGACUGUGAGGCUUUGCCUGAGAAGUUCUGGCUGCCUCCGUGCGUCCAGGCCAACCCCUGAACUACAGGAUGGGAGAUCUUGCUGUUAGAGCAUGAGCCUGUUGGGGUCGAAGGUGUUUGGCACUAGUGGUGUGCAUAUGUGAGGCUUGCUCAAGCUUGCAGGAAUCGAUUAUAUCAUCGAUGUAUGAGAUGAGCGGAUGUCGCUACUGCAAACAGAUACUAUGAUGGCCAGCCCAGCUCUGUAAGAAGCCCAAUUAUGAUUU